UUGCGUGUUUUGUUAUCACUAUUCUGGUUACAACCACGUCCAAAUAUGUCAGUCUUGGUCGAAAAGCUCCCAAAAUUGUAAGUGGCAUCGAGGUUGAUCAACAGAAGCCAAUCCUUCCAUCGUUGAACCGAAUGGAAUUCCUGGCCGGCAGGAAUCUUGCUUAUAAUAUGAGAUCAUUCUUGUACUCUGGAGGCGAUUGGAAGAACUUAUCGUCUAAGCAAAAUCUUUGCCUGGCCUUACACUCUUCACUUGAGAGUCUCCAUCACCUUCCCAAUGUAGCCAAAAGCUUUUCUGGUCCAAUCAGCUUGUCUCUUUUCACCCCCGGAACCGAUUAUUCUAAAAUAGAUCUGUUUUUUAGGAACAUGGCACGUUGCUUCCCAGAAAUAAUGAGGCGAAUGUCACUUCAUGCUAUGUUCCCUACAAAGAUCCCUCUUGAAACUGAAAGUAAAACCCAAUUUGAAUCAAUGGACUGCUCCAAUCCUAGGCAAUUUAUCACGACCUUGCUCCAAAAACAAUCUCCACACCUCCAGAAAUUGACUUAUCCCCAGUGUCAUCUACGGAAUCUAGCUCAACUCGGAUGUCAGACUCCAUUUACCUUUGUUAUUGACAUUGAUAUGAGGAUCCCUGAACAACUAGACUUGGGAGUGGAAGGGUUCUUGAAGAGCCAAAGCAACUAUUGUCCCAAUUGCGUCUUCAUACUUCCCGUGUAUGAGAUCAACACUACGCAGAACAAAGAUCGAGUCCCUCAAAACAAAAAGCAACUUUUGAAACAAAUAAAAAUGAAGCAAGCUCGAAUUUAUCACAUGCAGACUUACAGCUGGGGACAAAAGAUGUCCAACUUGGAUCUUUGGGAGAGGCUGAAUGAAUCCACGAGUCUUGAAGUGGCAUAUGGAUUGGAACGGUAUCAAUUUACUUAUGAGCCAAUGUUUAUUGGACCAACGUCUAUCCCAUUAUUUGAUGAAAGGUUUGAUGGGUUCGGACUUUGUCGAAAUACGCAGUUUUACGAGUUGUUCGUAGCCGGUUUUCAAUUCAAAUUUUUGAAUAACGGCUUCUUAACUCACAUCGGUUUCAAAGUUCCUGGGCAACGAGAGCAAUGGAAAUUCAAGGAACUGGUAAAGAAUCAAAGGCUCAUUCCUCAAUUUGCACUGGAGAUUCGAGCACGGUACGGACAGGAUCCAUGCGAAAUGAGCUUGAAGCUUAGAACAUUUCCGGCAUCCAAGUGGAAGGACAUACAAUGUGCAAAUACGACACCCAGUAACAAGCAAUACAAACUGAGACAAAACAAUAACUAAUGGCCUUUGGAGUAAGUUGUCCAAAUUUGGUGUAACGCAAUGAUCUGGCUUUUUGGACUGUCCAAUGAUGAAAAUAGAAGCCAUUCACUUUAAUCAAAAAAACAGUGCUUUAUUCUUCAAUAAAUAUUUUAGUCGCCCGAUCACUAAUUCAUGACCACGAAUAAAAAACCCGCAGUAACAUCUAAUCCUAAACGAACAAUCUUGAAUUUCCAUCAAUAAUGUUUUGAUUGAGGACGCAUCUUUGAACAUCACACGGCCCAAAGAAAUCAGGAAUCGGCACGAAAGAUUCCAAAAUAAACUGCUUUUGCCUUGCAAUGAACGCA